AUGACAUCAACAUCAACAUCAACGACAACACAAACACAGAGAGGAUAUAGUGGACGCGAUUACUUCCAGCAGGAUGCGCCACACUUGGGCAAUCAAUACUUAGAGGACAGUUAUUUGUUGCAGGCGCUACAGAGGGUGAUGCCACAGCCAGUGUUGGCAGAGAUCGAACCGGACUUGAUCAACUACGGUCGUCGUGUAGUCACCGAUAUAUUGCAAUGGGGUCGCGCCGCAGAGAACAACCCACCAAAGCACAUCGCCUAUGAUUCAUGGGGUCGUCGUGUCGAUCGCAUCGUAGUUGACGAGGCUUGGAACAUAUUGAAGGAUGACAGUGCACGUGAGGGAUUGGUUAGCAUUGGCUAUGAACGCAAGCAAGGCGCCUACAGCAGACUAUACCAAUACCUCAAGGUCUACCUUCAAGCAUGCUCAAGUGCCGUCUUUGACUGUCCACUCUCAAUGACCGAUGGUGCAGCACGUCUCAUCGAGCUCUACGGUGGCAUUGACAUGCAAGAAGUAUAUCAACACUUCAUCACUCGUGAUCCUGAUCAGUUCUGGACUUCUGGUCAAUGGAUGACAGAGAAGACUGGAGGAUCAGACAUUGCCAACUCUGAGACAUUGGCUGUGGAGAGAGCUGAUGUACCAGACACCUAUGAUAUAUCAGGAUACAAGUACUUUACAAGUGCCACAACAGCCAACUGCGCAAUAUUGUUGGCUCGUGACAAGGGUUGCGACAAGGACAGCAAGUUUGUAAAGGGCUCAAGAGGUCUAUCAGCCUUCUUCAUCAAGAUACGCAAGGAGGACGGCGAGUUGAACAAUAUGCUCAUUCACAAGCUGAAGAACAAGUUUGGUACCAAGGCCGUGCCCACCACAGAGAUCGAGCUGUUGGGCACACCCGGCAAGAUGAUUGGACCCAAGGGCCGCGGUGUCCCCGUCAUCGCCUCAAUCCUGAACGUCACGAGGAUUCAUAACGUGUUGCACUCUGUUGCCACGAUGAGACGUGGCGUAGCGUUGGCGCGCGACUUCUCGCACAGACGUAGAGUCAAUGACGCCAAGCUCGCCGACAACCCGCUGUACCAGUCCACUCUUGCCGAGAUGGAGAUUGAGUACCGUGCCGGUCUGCAGUUCCUGCUCGACGUGUGUCUUCUGCUGGGCAAGUCCGAGCUCGCCGAGAGCAAGAAGCAGGACUCGUUGCUUCGCAUCCUCACCCCGCUGUCCAAGCUCUACACGGCCAAGCAGAGCAUAAUGGUGGCAUCCGAGACGAUUGAGUGCAUGGGUGGCACUGGCUACAUGGAGGACUCAGAUGUCCCUCGUCUACUUCGCGACACCCAGGUCACCUCGAUCUGGGAGGGCACCACCAAUGUGCUCUCAAUGGAUGUUUGGCGUGCGAUCAAGUCCCACAACUCAUUGGAAGUUUUUGUCGAGUAUGUCGGAGAGAAGAUCAACAGCUCCUCCAAGGACAUGUCCUAUGCCAAGGGUAUCAUCGCCAAGGCCUUGACCCAAUGUGUCCAAGUCUACGAUCGCCACAAGGCCAACAGCGAGCUUGAUUUGGCCAUGGCCAAUGCCAAGAAGUUCAGCUAUCUCCUCUCGCAGACCUACAUGGCAGCACUAUUGUUUGAGCAUGCAGCUUGGAGCAAGAAGAGCACUGAUGUGUUGGUGUGCAAUAGAUGGUGCUUCACCAAGUUGCAGGCAUCAAAGAUUGAUGGCGCAUCAAUCGCUUUUGCCGGUGCCGACAAGGAGUGGAAGGAUCUAGACAGGGUCCUCGCACUGGAUCUAGAUGAGAAGGGUGAGCCCAGAGGCUAUGGUAACAAGUCUACCACAAGCCGUGACUUUGGAGUUCCAAGAGCCAGAUAC